CUGAGCCGCCCCCGGCCCCGCGGGGCGCAGCAGGACACGGGCCACCCUGCAGCCCCCAGCCCCACCAUGCUGACCAUCAAGCUGCCGCAGAACUUCAGGGUCCACCAGGUGCCUAGGAUCUUCUGGGAGGAUGGGAUCAUGUCAGGGUACUGGCACCCCAAGAGCUCAGCCCUGGACUGUGUCCUCAGCUCCUUCCAGAUGACAAACGAGACAGUCAACAUCUGGACACACUUCCUACCAACCUGGUAUUUCGUGUGGCGCUUCCUGGUGCUCUGGUCCUCUCUGGACCUGUGCCAGGAGCCCUUCCACUGGCCUCUGCUCAUCUACCUGCUGCUCGUCUGCCUCUACCCCUUGGCCUCCAGCUGUGCUCACACCUUCAGCUCCAUGUCGGCCCGAGCGCGGCACAUCUGCUUCUUCUGUGACUACGGAGCCCUCAGCCUCUACAGCCUGGGUUGUGCCUUUGCUCGGAUGCCCGAGCCCUGGCUCAGCGCGGGCUGGCACCGCUACUUGGUCCCCGCGGCCGCGCUCAGCUCCCUGCUCUGCACCGGCCUCUCCUGCUACUCCCGCUUCCCCGAGCUGGAGCGUCCCCGGCCGAGCAAGGUGCUGCGGACAGCGGCCUUUGUCUACCCCUUCCUCUACGACAACAUCCCGCUGCUCUACAGGCUCCUCUUCUGCUCCUGGAGCAGCGGCGGCUGCAGCGAGGCAGGGGCCGGGUCCUGCUGCCACCUCCUCUUGGCGCUGCUCACCGCCUUCCUCUUCGCCUCCCACCUGCCCGAGCGCCUGGCUCCCGGGCGCUUCGACUACAUCGGACACAGCCACCAGCUCUUCCACAUCAGCGCCGUGCUGGGCACCCACUUCCAGCUGGAAGCCAUUCUCUGCGACCUGGGGUCCCGCCGGGCCUGGCUGAGGGGCCGCUCUCCCACCCCCGGGCUCCCCGGCACCUUCGGCACGGCCGGGCUGGCCCUGCUGGGCAACGUGGCCAUCAUCGGCGCCUUCACCGCCCUGUCCCGGGCGCCCGGCAGCUCUGCCAGCCCCCCGGCCUGUCCCCCCAGGCUGGGCACCGUAGGGACCCCUGACCCUCUGGAGAUCCAAACAUCCUGGAGCUCCCUCCCCCAGAGUGUGGGGAGAAGAGGGUGA